AUGGAGGCUCUCUUGAAGAUAUUGAAAGGGCCUGUGCGAGACCAUGCGGAAUAUCUAAGAAGAUUUAUCUUGGACUUUAAGAACGAGAGGAAGGAGCUGGAGAUAAGGCUGGGGAAGAUAGUUAGCAAGGAGGAUGGAAGCAGAAUGAAGGUUGACACUGUGGCGCCCAUUGUGUUUAGAAACAUUCCUGUGGACUACAGGUUUGAGAGUGCGGUUGAUCCUGGAGAUUUUAAAGUCCUUAAGAAGCAGUUUUCUUUUUGCAAGGGCGAGAGCACGAACGAUGUGGUUAUAAUCAACGAGGAUGGCCGGGAGACAUAUGAGAACGACGAGCUGAAGAAGGUUGAGAAGAAAACGAGGUCUCAGAAGCUCGACAUAUACAUUCCCGGAAAAAGAUAUGACGUGAGGCUUGUUCUGAACGAGGAGAAUGAAAUGUUUAAGCGUCCCAGCAAGAAGAAGGCCAUCGUGAAAAGGGUCAGGCGUAGGGAAACGUACUUUAUAGAGCCCUAUGGGUUUGACUUUACGGAGGUCGUUCUUUCCGGGGAAAAAGACGAGAAGGAGAAAAGAAAGUUUGAGAUUGAGGUGGAGGUGUUCAAUUCUGAGAAGCUGGUGUCCAAUGACUUUAUUUCUUUGAUAUAUAACUUUAAUGUUGAUCUAGCUAUACAAUAA